AUGUCUCUCACACUCAAAAUCACCUCGCUCUUCGUGAGGACGCUGGCAAAGCCUAUGGCUAAUGCCAUCAAGCGCAAUGCCCACGAACAUGAGCGAUUCCGCAAAAUAUGCGUAGGUUUUGCGCAACGCGUCCACCGAAUCGACAUGCGAAUGCGCCUUGGUCUCCUGCAGGACCCCGCAAUCAUUGAUCGACAGAUCAAGAAGGAAGUGGCAGCAGCCAAGGCCGCGAGAGACAAACAUGCGACGCCCACGGUCAAGACAGAAGAAGAGAUGAAAGCAGAAGAAGAAAUGACGGAGAAGGAGAAGGAAGAUAUCAAGAAGAGAACAGAAGAGAAGUUCAAGCCACGCAUUCGGCCGCUCUCCGAACAAAAGGCGAUCGAGACGGGUGCAAACUUCGUGGCUGAGGCGUUCAUCUUCGCUGUCGGCAUAAGCGUUAUUGUAUUCGAGCAGUGGCGGCAGAGGAGGAAAGCUAAGAACGCUCGAGACGACAUUCGCGAAGAUCUCGAGGAACUGCAAGUCGAAUUGAAGACUGUUAAGAGUGAGCUUGAGGAAUUAAGAAAGAAACAGCCCGAUCCUGUACAGCAAGGAAAGCUGCUGAGCUUCUGGAGAGGGAGUGGGGUCGUUGAAAACCAAAAGACUGAGGAGGAGCACAGGGCCGAAGCCAAGAAGGCUGUUGCCAAAGAAAACGAGGCUAAGAGGCUUAGGGAGGAAGCAGCUGCAGACAAGCACUCCAAAGUAGCGCAUCUGACCACGACGACGACGCAAUCAUCAAACAGCUCAACCCCGUUACCAACCUCAGAUGACAGCCGACCACAACACUAG